UGCUUAUGCUAAACACGUGGUAGCAGCGAGAGAGGUUAACUCGAGUAAACCAGUCAAUCUCGUAUAACGGUGAAUUGCAUCAAAGUGUUCGGUUGCGGUGAUUGUUGCUGCACAAAAUCAUUCGAACCGAUAUGGCGUCUCUAAAGAAUGUUGGAAGAUCGCUCGCAAGAUGCACAUUACAAAGUGUUGCGAGGGGGCCGCAUAUUCAGUCAGUUCGAUGUCGGGCUGCUGCACCUGCUGUGAAUGUUCGGCCAGUCGAUGAUGAGCCUUCGGCGCCGAUGGUGAAGACGGCCAUCCCGGGUCCCAGAUCCAAAGAGCUUCUAAGGGAUCUGGAAUCAAUACAGAACUCUGAGGCUGUUCAGUUCUUUGUGGACUAUGACAGAAGCCAUGGCAACUACAUCACUGAUGCUGAUGACAACGUUCUUCUGGAUUUGUACACUCAGAUUGCUUCAAUACCCAUCGGCUACAACCAUCCCAAUCUGAUGGCAGUCAUGCAGAAACCAGAGAACCUGGGCCACUUCAUCAACAGACCUGCCCUCGGUGUGUUUCCCCCCAAGAACUGGGCCGAGAAGCUGCGCAAAACUCUUUUAGCUGUAGCUCCCCCAGGGAUGUCCGAGGUUCAGACGAUGGCGUGUGGUGCUUGUUCUGUUGAGCAUGCUCAGAAAGCCUUGUUCAUUGCAUACAAGGCACGGCAACGGGGCGGGGCUCCCCCAACCAAGGAGGAGUUGAGUAGCUGUGUGAUGAACCAGGCUCCUGGCAACCCUGAUCUCAGCAUCCUCAGCUUCAAAGGGGCAUUCCACGGCAGAACUAUGGGUGCGCUUGCAGUAACACAUUCUAAAGCAAUCCACAAGUUGGAUUUCCCAACACCUCUCUGGCCAGCAGCCUCCUUCCCUGAGCUGAGAUACCCACUGGAGGACUUCGUACAGGAGAACAGGGCGGAAGAAGAAAGAUGCUUGGCAGAGGUUAGAGAUCUGAUAGAGAUAUACGAGAAGAAAGGCCGACCUGUGGUGGGAAUUGCUGUGGAGCCCAUACAGUGUGAAGGGGGAGACAACCACGCCACUGCAUACUUCUUCCAGGGUUUACAGGAUAUUACUAGAGAGAACACUAUCGGCCUGUUGAUUGAUGAAGUUCAGACUGGUUGUGCAUCCACGGGGAAGUUCUGGGCUCAUGAGCACUGGAAUCUGAGGGAGCCCCCAGACACAGUGUCCUUUGCCAAGAAGAUGCUGACAGGGGGAUUCUAUUAUAGACAGCAAUACAGACCAAAAGAGGGAUUCCGCAUAUUCAACACGUGGGUUGGUGACCCUGCCAAGGUGACCUUGCUGGAGGAAGUGGUGAAGGUCAUCAAGAGCCAGAACCUUGUGACCAACAUGGCCAACAUAGGGGAGUACCUACAGCAAGGGCUCAAGGAUGCACAGACCAAGUUUCCUGGGGUGGUAAAGAAUGCCAGAGGCCUUGGAUCCCUGUGUUCCAUUGACUUCAACAACUCUGCCACUCGAGACAAGGCGAUCUUGGCACUCAGAGAGAAAGGAAUCCAUGUUGGGAGUUGUGGCGAUGUGGCCAUCCGCCUGCGGCCGACACUGAUCUUCCAGAAGAAGCAUGCUGAUGUCUUCUUUGAUUGUUUUGAUUCCGUUUUGUCUGCUUUCAAAUAAAUGUCAGGGAGUACUCAAAGAUUGCCAAUAAUAGUUAUGGAACAGGCGAUCUUUUACAAAUCCACCAAUGUUAAAUUGUAUGGGCGGCCAUUCGGUCAAAAAAUACAAAG